CUUUGCUAAGUCGCUCAAAAUAAACAAAAAAAUACUACACCACUCCUCCGCUUGGUAAGGGAAGCUAGCUGCGUGCUUACAAUAAUCGAUCGAUCCCCGUCCGCCUCAUUGCUUGUGCUUUGGUGUGGCUAGCCGGCGACGAUGGCGACGCAAGAAAAAGAAGAGGCACCCCACGCCGUCCGCCGCCGGGUCGUCUUGUUCCCGCUGCCGUUCCAGGGCCACCUCAGCCCCAUGCUCCAGCUGGCCGAGCUCCUCCGCGCCCGCGGCCUGCCCGUCACCGUCCUCCACACCGACUUCAACGCGCCUGACCCUACACGGCACCCAGAGCUUGCCUUCGUCCCGAUCCACGAGGCGCUUCCCACCUCAGCCACCUCCCCCGACGCCGACAUCGUCGCGCAGCUCCUGGCCCUCAACAGCGGUUGCGAGGCGCCCUUCCGGGAGGCCCUGGCAUCGCUGCUGCGCCGCGAGGACGUGGCCUGCGCCGUCGUCGACGGGCAGUGGUACGCGGCGCUGGGGGCGGCGAGCGCGCUCGGCGUCCCCGUGCUCGCGCUCCGCACGGACAGCGCCGCCACGUUCGGCAGCUUGCUUGCGUUCCCUCGGCUGCGCGACGCCGGCUACGUCCCAAUCAAAGAGGAGCGACGGGACGAGCUUGUGCCGGAGCUGGAGCCGCUCCGCGUGCGCGACCUCAUCCGCAUCGACGGCAGCGACGUGGACGCGCUGUGCGGCUUCAUCGCCCGCGUCGCCGACGCCGCGCGGGCCUCCGCGUCAGGGAUCGUGCUCAACUCGUUCGACGCCAUCGAGGCGCCGGAGCUGGCCAGGAUAGAGAAGGAGCUGUCCUGUCCGGCGUUCGCGGUCGGCCCGCUGCACAGGAUGUGCCCCGGGCCGGCGCCGGCGGAGCACGGCCUGCACGCGCCAGACCGCGGCUGCCUGGCGUGGCUGGACGCGCACCCGGCGCGCUCCGUGCUGUACGUGAGCCUGGGGAGCGUCGCUCGCGUCGACCGCGGCGUGUUCGAGGAGAUGGCGUGGGGGCUGGCGGGCAGCGGCGUGCCGUUCUUGUGGGUCGUCCGGCCCGGCUCCGUCCGCGGCGGCGGCGCCGACGAACCACCCAACGGGCUCGACGAGGAAGCCAGGAGCAGGGGGAAGGUGGUGGCAUGGGCGCCGCAGCUGGAGGUCCUGGCCCACGAGGCCGUCGGCGCCUUCUGGACGCACUGCGGCUGGAACUCAACGCUGGAGAGCGUGUGCGCCGGCGUGCCGAUGCUCGCGCAGCCGUGCUUCGCGGACCAGACGGUGAACGCGAGGUACGUGACGCACCGGUGGGGCGUCGGGCUGGAGGUGGGAGACGUGAUCGACAGGGUCAGGGUCGCCGAGAGGGUGAGGAUGGUGAUGCUCGGGGAAGAAGGGGAUCGGGCGACGGAGAAGGUGCGUGACCUCAAGCUGCAAGCAGACCAGUGUGUUGCUGCUAGUUUGGCCGUCGACAAUCUCGUGCGGUACGUGCUGUCACUCUGAGUCGCCGGCCGGCUUCUCUACACGAUUCUCCCCGUGAUAUUGAAUAAUGAUCUCAUCGGUGAAUCAUCGUCAGCGAUGCCCUGAGAAAAAAAAAAUGACACCGCUUCGGCAA